CCAUGCUCAUCCUGCCGAAGGUGGUGCUGCCCUUCGACACCCUGCAGGAGCUGACGGAGACCAACAUCCCCAUCUGGAUCCCCGAGGGCAAUCUCGUCCAUAAGGCCAUCAUGGCCGCGACGCCGGACUCGGCCUACUACCGCCUCCGCAAGCAGAUGCUGGUGCACCUGGACGUCCCGCGCGGCACCAGGGAGACCUUCGGCGGCCUCCACGCCGUCGCGGCGCCCAUGACCACCAUCGUGUUCCUCAUCGACCUCACCUUCUCGACGGCAAGAAAAUGCAAAGUGUACAUCAUGUCGGAGCGCCUCUUCAAGACCGUCAGCAUGGGCUUAGCCAUGUCCAAGACGUUCGAUCAGAAGACGAAGUUGAAUCGAGCGUAAGGAUUCAUAAAGUUGCUAAAUUAUGGCCAUUCAUCGUUUAUAUAUCUUGUUUUGUGGUUAUUUUCC